AUGCUGCGUGAAGGUCGGAAUGUCAACAACAUCGCCCUUAUUAGCCGAAUAACGUUACCGAAGUGGACACAGAGUCAAACCGCGAGAAGUGUAUACCACCUAAGUGUCAUGUCGGUGGUGACUAGCGCAUUUCUCCGUGUGUCAGCCUUGGUGUGGGUCGACUCCUUUAACACGGCUCGUCUGAACAAUGCAGGGCACGAGACACCACUUUUGCGGGAUCCUUUGCUAUUCAUACACCUCCUUGUGAAUAAUGUCAAAAGUCAAAAUAAAAACAACACUGACGGUGUUAAUGCGAUAUUGAGUCAUAACUUGUGUUGCAUUACAAGAAUACACCAGAGUGAUAUUACCAUAUCGGACAAUGAUCGAAGAAAUGUCCAGAUAAUUCCGGAAGCCUCUCAGGUGAAUCACUCACACCCAUCGCCGAACCAGAAAGACAUUUUGAAAACAGUUAUUGAAAGGGAAUCUUACCAUAAUCUCCCACGAAACGGGUCCAGGGACAGCCACGCCCAGGAGAGCCACGCUGAAGGAGGGGCUAUAAAUAGGGAGCGAGGAGGCCCAGGCGGUCAGUGUGGCUCAAGACGGACACGGCGAUUCAACAUGAGGGCUCUGGUAAUUUUGGCAGUGCUGGGAGUGUGCUCCGCCUCCACCUGGCAGGCCAACUACGGAGGCUACGUCGUGUACGGCGCUCCUUACCAGCCGAAGUGGACCGGACCCGUGGCAGCCACCGUCCCGGCGGGCGUCGACGGUACCAUCACCCCGGUAUCCGAUACCUAUGAGGUAUCCGCUGCUCGCAACGCCUUCUUCAACGCAUACAACGCCCAGCUGGCCGCCGUGGGCGCGUACCGUUACGUACCCGCCUACCACCACGCCACACCGGCGGUGCACGUCAGCGUAGCAGCGCCCGCCGCCCACUACUCCGCCCUCACCUACGGCGCCGCACCCGCUCCAGUUGGUGACACGCCCGCCGUGGCCGCCGCCAAGGCUGAUUUCUUCCGCCUGUACAACCUGCAGGCGGCAGCAGCAGCCGCGGCUCCAGACCAUGAUGCCCCUCGCUACUAUUAUUGAAGUGAAAUGCAAGAUUGUUGAUAGACAAGAGUAAGAGCAUGACACUCCAAGUUACUUAAUAAAUUGAAUUUAUAUUUCUAAA